UGUUUGUAGAGAAAUACAUGGUUGUGGUUUUUGUAUGUGUCCGUGUGGUCCAAGUGCAAUUGGAUUUUCUUUGAAUGUUAUUUAUGUUUACAUAAUCAACAUUAGUUUGAUUUCUUUAUUAUUUAUAUUUAAAGAUUAGUGAAAUUAUGAACUUUUAUCGUACCUUCCGAGCGCAAUGUAUAGUGCACAUGAAAGUUUUAAAAAUAUUAGAAAUAUAAUUUCAGUUUCCGUCUUAUAAAAGUUUAGUUCCACAGAACGCGCAGCUCAAUCCAAAAAAGAAAGAAAUAUGGGUCCAAGAAAUGGAAGGAAAGAUGUUAGAAUUUUGUUACUUGGGGAACCUGGGGUAGGCAAAACAUCUCUAAUAUUAUCACUGGUGAGUGAAGAAUUUCCUGAGGAAGUUCCUCCUCGUGCUGAAGAAAUCACAAUACCAGCUGAUGUUACUCCUGAAAAAGUUCCAACUAAUAUUGUGGAUUAUUCUGCACAAGAACAAGGAGAAGAUUCACUCAUAACUGAAAUUCACAAGGCUAAUGUAAUCUGUGUUGUAUAUGCUGUAGAUGAUGAUGAAACCAUAGAUAAGAUCACAUCCUAUUGGUUACCUUUCAUACAAGAGCAGCUUGGGGAAAAUCAUUUAGUUCCUAUAGUACUAGUUGGAAAUAAAGUAGAUCUUGUGGAAUAUAGCUCACUUGAGAUUAUUCUUCCAAUAAUGAACCAGUAUGCUGAAAUUGAAUCCUGUGUUGAAUGUUCAGCGAAGACUCUUAAGAACAUUUCUGAAUUAUUUUACUAUGCACAAAAGGCUGUGUUGCAUCCUACCACUCCAUUAUAUGUUACAGAAACCAGGGAUUUGACAGAAAAGUGCAAAAAGGCUUUAACAAGGAUAUUUAAGAUCUGUGAUUAUGACAAUGAUGAAGUUCUUAGUGAUUAUGAGCUAAACCAAUUUCAGCGUCGCUGUUUUAAUACACCUCUUCAGCCCCAUGCCUUAGAAGAUGUCAAAAACCUAGUUAGGAAAAAUGUUGAAGAUGGCAUUAAAAAUGACGGCCUUACAUUAAAAGGUUUCCUAUUUUUGCAUAUUUUAUUUAUUCAAAGAGGUAGACAUGAAACCACAUGGACAGUAUUGAGGAAGUUUGGAUAUGAUGAUAAUAUGCAGUUGAGCAAAGAUUAUUUGUGCCCAAGGUUAGUGGUUCCACCUGGUUGCACAACUGAAUUAAGUCAUCAAGGCUAUCAUUUCCUCACAACACUUUUUGAAAAAUAUGACCAGGAUAAGGAUGGCUGUUUAUCUCCUACUGAAGUUUCAGAUUUAUUUAGUACUUGUCCUGUGAUAGCUUGGGGUCCAGAAGUUGUUAAUGUUGUCCCUACGAAUGACAAAGGCUGGAUUACAUUGCAAGGCUAUCUAGCUCAGUGGACAUUAAUUGCUGCCUUAGAUGUUUGUCGUCUGAUGGAGUUCUUAGCAUAUUUAGGAUAUAUGUCUACUCCUGAUGAAAAUCAGUUAACAGCAAUUAUAGUUACUAGGGAGAAAAAAUUAGAUCUCCAGAAACGUCAAACAAGUAGAAAUGUUUUUCACUGCCAAGUCAUUGGCCCUCAAGGUGCUGGGAAAUCUACCUUCAUGCAAGGUUUCAUUGGGAAAACUUUGCAAGCUCAGGCUUCCAUAAAUAAAGCUCAUCUAACACCAUACACCAUCAAUUCACUUCAAGUCUAUGGUCAAGAAAAAUAUUUAUUGCUUCAUGAAGUUGAUAUAUUUGGGAUGAAUGACACAUUAACACCACCAGAGUUGUAUUGUGAUGUUGUAUGCCUAAUGUUUGAUGCAAGUCACUCUAGGUCAUUUGAAUAUGUUGCAAGAUUAUUUUUAAAAUAUUUUAGUGACAGUAAAGUUCCAGUACUGAUUGUUGGAUCUAAAGCAGAUCAACCCAUUGCUGUGCAGGACUAUGGUCUUCAACCAAUAGCUUUCUGUAGCAAGCAUAAGCUUCCACCUCUUCAGGCAUUUUCAGCGAAUGGCACAAUUCGGAAAGAUGCUUAUGUUAAACUUGCUACAAUGGCUGCAUAUCCUGUCUACAAACCUGCUUGGAAGUUGCUUUGUCAGUCCAGUCAUUUCAGGCAUUUACCAAUGGCACAAGAUUCUACAGUUUGGGUGAAAGCAGGUAUUGGAAUGGCUGCAGUUGCCUUGGUUAGCUUGUUUCUUGUAAAAAUAAUCAAAGCUGCAUCUGAUAACAGGUAGCAUUGUAAAUAACUUAAAAACUAUUUUCAUUUCUUCAUGAUAAUAUCUUCUGAUGCUGAUGAAAGCAUGUAGACAGAAUGGCUCCUUUCUUGUCCCUCAUUGGUUUUAGGUUGUUCCUGUAGGAACUGCAUGUGUUUCUGUGGAGAAUAGGUGGAAGUAUUUCCAUUGACUUUUAUUUUGAAUCUUCUGUACCAUAUAUUUAAUAAGCUCCAAGUAUCUAUUGUGUAUAGUUAAUUUGUAAUUAUGUAAUAUAUACAAGACUAUUUUUAUGAAUAUCCAUCAUGUAAGCUUCUUAAAAAAAUAUUUGCAAUCAAAUGAAAUGGGUUGUAAGUAGUAACUACUUGUGCUAUUGUAAAGUUAGCAGUGAUUUUUCAUAUUUAAUAAUGUAUGUUAUUUAAUUUUAAGAUAAAGUAAUUUUGUAGUUUUUCGUAAAACUACAAAAAUAUUUUACUGUGGGUUCAUUAUAAAAUAAAGCCAUAUUUAAUUUUUUCAAAGAUUUGUAAUAAAAUAUAUUUUCAUCAUUAUUGUAUAAUUAUAAAGCUGAAAUAUUUUUAUAAUGUCUAUUUUUAUUUUAUUCUUUAGGUUUGUUAAAAUAUGAUGUUUUCUUUUAAAGCUUUUUUUUUUCAUAAUUAGUGUUUUCUUAUUAAAUUAAAUUUAUGAUUUUGUUGAAUUAUAAAUCCUUUAAAGCACUUCAACAGUUUUUAUGAAAUAUAAGAAAAAGACUUUGUAAACUAAAAUGUAUUUGGUAAAAUGUUGGUUAAGUUGAGUUUAAUAUAUUUGUUAACAAGAAAUUGCAUAAAAUAAAUUUAAUCCUGCAAAACUGGCAAUCGGCUGCAUAAUUUUUUCAUUGAUGGGAUUUAUUUUAACAAGUUGUGUAUGUUUCAGUAGAUUCAGGUUAUGAAUUCUACCAAUUGCCAUUUGAUAAGAAAGGUUUUACUGUUGAUCAGUUUUCAUCUUUCUGCAAAUGACCAUAUGGUUUUUAUUUUUGACUUAUAUUGCUAGAAUGACAUUUCAUAAAACCACUUAUGUAAACAUUGACAUUACUUUGAUCAAAAUGCUACCCAUUUAUUGUUUUCACUAAUACUUCACCUACUGUUGGAGUACAAAAUAUAAUUUCUAUAGUAUUUUAAACAUUUACAUCAGUCACAUUGAUGCAGUUAUGAUAAUGCUGUAUGGAUAUUCUCAUAGGAAUAUUAAACUUUUAUAUGUUUGCGGAUUAUUUACUUUUGCUAAUUAUUUUAUAAAAACAAAUGUAUCUAAUUUUAUUAUUUUCUUGCUAUGUAUGUUUCGAUGAAAAUGUAAGUUUUGCUGAAAUAUAUAUUAAUCAUAUGUUCUAUAUUAAUCUUCAUUGAAUUCAGUUAAACUGUCACAAAAAUAUUUUUUUAAAUAAUUUUUGUACCACAUAUUGCUUAAAAUUUUAUUUUGAUGCUUUAAGAAUUAAUCAAUUAUUCAGAUUGGUGUUUCACGAACUGAUUUGAAUUCUGCAAAGAUGACUUUAUCUGAUAAGUGGUGGCAUUUGAACAUUUUAAUCAGCAUUCAUAAUUAGUGUGUUGUUGAUAUAAACAUCAUCUUACGAUAUGUGCAAUGACUUCAAAGUACAAUUAACUGUUGUGACCAACCAGUGUGUUGAACUGAAUAAUUCUUUUGUGUUUAGUAAAGUUUAAAUAUUCAUUCAAAGUUAAAGAAGGGACAAAAAAAUGUUGUUAACCCUAUUUUUGGUUUAUACAUUUUCGUGUGUGCAAAGUGGAGGUGACAUAAUAUUCAUUUUUUUUUAAAAAAAAAAUAAGAUAUAAAGAAGAAUUAUGUCGGUAUUCAUAGCUGAAUUUGCUUUUUUGAAUUUGUUGCUGAAAAGUAUUUUUUUUAGUGAUCCUAUGCAUUUGUAAAUAAUUGAA